GCCACCUGACCCUUCUCUAAACCUGCCUCAGAGUUUGGAGGGAAAAAAGAAAAAAAAAUAAAUUAAAAAAACAAAGUGAGCAGCCAUGCUAAGCGUGAGGGUUUUUAAAUUGUUAUUUUGCCUCGCUUUGCUCGGGGUUUGUCGAGCCGCUCCGGAGGACGUGUACAUCAAGGUGGUUGGCUUGCUGUCUCCAGGGGAAGAGUACCUGAGCGAAACCGCGCUUCACUCCUUUUUCAAACUUCUGGAGAAACGUGUGCAGUGUGCCGAUGUGUCGUGUGAAAAGUGCCUGUUGGAGGAGAGUGUUGGGCAGCUGGUGAGUAACUACACCAGCUCCAGUGGUAUCCAGGUGGAGGAGUUCUUCAGGUUGGCUGCUGGCUGCACUCUGCUGCUUAGCUCCCCCUUAAACAUCUGUAAGGCAAUCACAGAGGGACGCUGGGAACAGGAAACGAACCACUUUACCCACAUGAUGUUGAACCACAGUGAGCACAGUCUGGAGUUGCUCUUACAUAAUAUCACAAAACAUUAUCAACCUGAACAUCACAAUGAGCACUGCGUUACUCUGACGGACAUCCUAAAAGAGAGCGAAGUGAAUGUGUCUGAUGGAGAUCCUCACGCUGACCUCGAUACUGUGUUUGGUGUUAUACUCUACCAUGUUUUACUUGGAGACUGCAUCACCACUUACAGCCUUCCUACAGAAGACUUCUUCCUAAAUUAUAUAUUCGACCACUUUGGCCCAGACAACAUCACUGUUCAAGCCCUCGACAGGUUGAUGAAAGCUCUGAACCUGGGAGAGAAUAAGGCCAAUGACCAUGCGCAUAACCAUGCCCAUGAGCAUGAGCAUGACCAUGAGCAUGACCAUGAGCAUGACCAUGACCACAGCCACGAGGACCAUAAUGAAGAUAUGAGAUUCGUUCAGCAUGAUGAAGAGGCCCAUGGGCAGAGUCACGAUGAGCCUCAGGCUUACAGCAACAGCUGGGACACGGUCUGUUUCCGUGCUGAGGAGUUGUUAAAGAUCUACCAGAUGAACAGCUCGGGACUGGACAGAUAUCAGUUCACUCGGUUGAGCCCAGCUUUAAUCCAGCAGCUUCUUAGUAAAGCCUGCGCUGAGACCAAACCUGAGACAAUUGUGACUGACUCCCUCAGCACCCUAGAGCGAUACAUCUAUGCUACCCUUGCUAACACGGUGAUCUGUCUGGUGGCCAUGUUUGGGAUCGUGGUGCUGCUGUGUACAUCCUGCAGCGGCGUGUUCCAACUCUGUAUCCAGUUCUGUAUCAGUCUCGCUGUGGGCUCACUGACAGGUGACGCGCUGCUUCACCUCCUCCCCACGUUUUUGGGACUACAUGUGCACAGCGAUGGAGAGAGUGAACAUGCAAAUGAGUCUAUGUACACCUUCAAACUGCUGUUGGUUUUGGGAGGAAUUUAUUUUUUCUACCUGAUGGAGACAAUCUUUUCAAUCAUCACUAACAAACACUCUCAUCAUCAUGACGAAGAAAAUGAGCCACACCACUGUGACCAUGGCAAGGUCCUGCAGAUGUACCAGAAAGAGAAAAAGAACCAACUCUCCACAUCACAAGCAGAUCUGGUAGAUGGGGAGAAAAAGUUCUUUGCAGAAGCAGAAGCAGAAGCAACCCCUCGCACAAGAGAGCAGCGGGUGCUUCCAUACAUGAUUACAAUUGGCGACGGCAUUCAUAACUUUGCAGACGGCCUGGCCAUCGGUGCCGCCUUUUCUCUGUCCUGGCGCUCAGGUUUGGCUACUUCUCUGGCUGUGCUCUGCCAUGAACUGCCACAUGAGCUGGGUGAUUUUGCUGUGCUGCUGCACUGCGGCCUGUCGUUAAAGAAAGCUCUGAUGCUAAACGUAGGCAGCGCUCUGACCUCCUUUAUCGGCCUCUACAUCGCUCUCUCAGUCUCCACCGACUCUACAGCCCAAGAGUGGAUAGCAGCAGUCACAGCAGGCCUCUUUCUCUAUGUAGGACUGGCAGAUAUGCUUCCUUCUAUGAUCCACGUGGACAGCAAGAGGCCAUGGGUUAUAUUUCUGCUACAGAACCUGGGCUUGCUCACUGGCUGGGGCAUCCUACUGCUGCUGUCUUUUUACGAGGACAAGAUAGGCUUCUAGAAAACUCCUUUUCUUAACCCUUUAUUUUAUGCCUCGUUUGUAAUUCACAUUAGUUGAAUCUGAAUGGUGACCUGCUUUUAAAAAGUCCAAAACAGAUUUUAGAUAUCAGAGCAUAGAUAAAAGUUUUGUUAAAUUUGUUGAAUUACAAUUUUAGAGAAAUACAUAUAAGCCAAUUGGAAUUUAACUAAAAUAUUAUCAGACCUGAUAGCACAAAAAGAAAUACAAAAAUAUAUAAAAUAAUAUAAAAAAUAACAAAAACAAACUAAAAUACAAAAACUAGAAAAUAACUUUUUUGGAUAUAGACCUAGUCCUCAAAUAAAUUGCUUGUUUAAUGUCCCUCACAAACACUGAGUUGUUUCCCCAUGACCUACAUCUCAGCACAGGAAACGCAUACAUCACAGCCAUACAUGCAUAUUAAACAUUCUUUUACCCUCACUGUUCUGGAAAGGCUUUCAAACUUUUUCGGAUUUUUGAUAUUUGAUCAUUAAGCCACAAGAGCAUUAGGAAGGUUAGGAGGCCCCGGGUUCAGUGUUCCAGUUCAUCCCAAAAGUGUUCACUGGGUUUGAGGUCAGGACUUGAGUUGUUCCUCAAAAUUUUGAAAACUAUGUGUUCCUGUGCCUUGCAUUGUGAAAAUUUGGGGGUUUUAUGUUCCAUUGCAGGUAAAUUGUAAUGCUACAGCCUAAAGUGACAUUCGAAACAGUUUGGAGAACUCCAACACACUCAGGUGUCCACAAAAUCUUGGCAAGUGUAUAAUUAUCUAGUGUUUUCCUAGUAAUACAUAUGUUAGGUGAGGGUUUUUAUUAUUAUUAUUAUUAUUAUUAUUAUUAUUAUUAUUACAAACUUCAAAACAUCCUUUUUUUUAUUUUGCAAUGUCAAAGCAAUGGCAUUUUUUUUUCAAUGAUAAAAAUGUGGUCAAAUCAAAGUCUCAUUAAUGUUAGAUGUGAGAAAAUGAGCAAAGGUUAGAAAGAUAUCAGUGAGUCAGCAGCAAUACAUUGUCAAAAAAAAUAAAUGCUUGAGAAAGAGUCAAAUAGAGAAAAAAAUAUGAACAGGCUUGUCCUUCUGCUCUUCUGAUAUCAUUUAUAGUAGCAGGAGACUUAAGUAUUUCAAUUCAAUUCAAUUUUUCUUUUUUACCGUCACUUUCGGCUUGCUCAUCGGAGACUAUCUUAUCAUUUUAAUUCAUACAAAUUUUGCACAUCUCAUACAAAUUUCCAUUCUUUUCUUUCAAUUGUAUAAAGCUGCUUUGCCACAAUAACAAUUGUUAAAAGCACUAUACAAAUAGAAAUUGAAUUGAAUUGAUUAUUUCUGUCUUUUGCCAAGUCAUGUGAGGCCAUGGAUAACCUCCCGUAUAACCGAUCGUACCGUUUUUGUGGAAUGGGAUUAUUUGAGUUGAUGCAGAAUUCAAAAUGCUAUGCUAAUGUUACCUUUAACGUAGUUUAUUCAAUUACUAGCUAAACAACUAACUCUUACUGGUUUUUACUUGUGCUUUAUUUAAAUAUCAUUUGUUUAAUUUGUUUGGCUAUUGAGCUCAUAUGUCAACAAUUUUUCUGCAAAAAUACAUCCACUCUCUCCUUAAUAUUAGAUAAUUUACAUUGUAAAUCUGUGACAAAACUGACAUAUAUUCCAGAUACAUGUCAAUUGGCUAGUUGGCUUUUUCCCCUUUUAUUGGGGGUCUGAAGUUAAAAUGUAAAAUGUCUACACAAAUUUUGUAAAGGUUUGCAGAUCUGCAUUUAGUAUUUGAGCUAUUUCAUGCUUUUAUAUUUGUACUAUUUGGGUUAAAACUGGAAGGUAGACAUUUGGUGUCACAUUUUCUUCAUCAUCAAUGUUUUCUUCUGCACUAAAAAAGCUACUUUAUUAAGUACACCUACUUUGUUUAAAUUCACUGGCCAUUUUAUCAGGUACACUCUGUUAUUACCAUGUUUACCCUGAUAUUGAUGCUGUAUUAAAUACAUUAAUAAUAGAAAAACCGAGCACACACACCACAGUGUAAAUAGCAAGACAUAAGCAACAUUUGGAAAAUAAACAAGUGAACUGUGUAGUCAUGGUUUAACCUGACAGAAUGGCCAAAAAGUUUAAACAAUGGUAGAUGUAUAUUGUAUUUUCUGAAGUUUGUAGAUUGCAUUUUUAAGUAUGAUACUUCAAAUGUCUAACUGAUAGUAAUGCUGUUGUAUACACUACCAGUCAAAAGUAUGGACACCGGUCAAAAGUUUGGACUCAACUUCGUAUUUAUGUUCUACAUUAUACGUCAAUGCUGCAUUUUAAAAACUUUUAAAUAAAAUAUAUGGCAUUAGGUAAUUAAAUAAAAACAACAACAGCAACAGCAAGACACGAAGGCCAGCUGUUCUGGAAAAGUUCUUGCAAGAACAGUGUUAAGUGCAUUUGCAAAACUUAUUAAGCACCAUGUUAAAACUGAAAGCAAGACAUGAGAUUAUUGCAUAUUUUGGAUUGCAUAUUGUAAAAAGAAACAAAAAUCAGAAAAGACCAUGAAAUUAGAUGCAUCCGAACUUUUGACUGCUAGUGUAUGUUUUUUUUCCUGAUAUAAAAACAAUCAUGCAUUGCUAAUGGAAAGUUUUUAAACUAAUCUUAAAAUGGAUUGAAUUCUGUUUUUGUUAAUUCAACAUGCAAGACUCCACAAUGACAACAUAAAAAUAGGUGUUUGAAGUCUUUUGUUAAUGUAUU